UGCAGCUCCCAGCCUCGGCCAGUUCAACCCAGUAUGGAGCUAACUGGCCUUCUCCCUGUGCUGGCCUGGCUGCAGAUCCGCCCCUGGCUGGUGGCAUCUCACGGGACCGAGGGACCCGGUUCAUCCCCUGGCCCCCUGCCGCCCCCCACACUCUCUCUGGGCUCCCAGGACCCUGUGUAUUACCAGGGGGAGCGUGUUAACCUCAGCUGCUCCGCUCCCAGGGGUGAGGCAGUGACGGGAUACAGAUUCUACAGGGGAAGAGGGGGCCAGACCCCGGAGGAGCUCCCAUCUCCCAGCGGGGCAGCUCGGCUGGAGCUCAGGCCCGAGACGGGGAAUCAGGGGCCCUACACCUGCCAGUACUGGAGAAAGGAGUCUGGGCAGGAGAUCCCAUCCACAGAGAGUAACAAGGUCUAUAUAACCGUGCAGGCCCCCCCAGCAGCCCCCACACUCUCCCUGCACGCCCCACCCCCAGUCUAUCUCCCAGGGGAGCGUGUGACCCUCAGGUGCUCGGCUCCAGGGAGCGACAGGGUGCAGAGAUACAGGUUCUAUGGGGAACACGAGAGGCUGAUCCAUGACGAGGUCCCUGCCCCGGCUGGGGGCGCUGGGCUGGAGCUCGUGGCCGAGAUGGGGAAAGCCGGACCAUUCUCCUGUGCGUACUGGACCCUGCGAUCCGGGCGACAUAUCCUGUCAGAGAGAAGCCGGCCAGUGUCCCUGUCAGUGCAAGAUCCCCCUCCCCAGCCAGUACUGAGUGUGGAUCCCCCGUCCGGAGUGGUGAGCGAAGGGCUCCCCCUGCUCAUCACCUGCAUAGCCCCUGGGGACACCAGAGAGAGGAGGUUUCACUUCUACAAGGACGGAGCUGAGAUCGUCCCUGGGGACACAGGGUCUGAGAUCAGCACCACAGAGCCCAGCACCAGCUCCAUGAACUUCUCUGUGCUCAGCGUCCCACGAGCCAGUCCCAGCAACACUGGGGAAUUCACCUGCGGGUACGAGGCAAACAUGGGCAGGAGGUGGAUCCCAUCCCCCAGGAGCCAGGCUGUGAACAUCACCAUGACAGCCUGGUCUCUGCCCGUCCCCCUGGUGGCUGGGUGCGGUGGGGCUGCCACGGCUCUGGCGCUGCUGCUGCUGCUCAUCCCCCUCUGCAGGAAGAAGGCGGCAGCUACCCGCCGGCUCUCCACGUCAGCCGACAUCUCUGGAGUAAAUAUAUGUGGUGUCACAGGAGGGACACAACCAGUGUAUGUCAACAGACCCUCCGGGGCCGGCACAGGCGAGCAAUACCGUCUUUUCCAUGCUGACUCCCCCUAGCUCCAGGGCCCAGCAGAGAGGAGGAAAGGUCAUCUCGGAGGAUGUGG